AUGAUUAGUCAAGCACUUACGGAUGAUAGUCAAGCACUUACGGUAAUAGGUAUCGGUGGAUUGAUUGCAAUUGUUGCUGCAACAAUUUAUGCAAAUGCUAGGAGAAAGCAACAUAUGGUAAUUAUGACGGAUGAUAAUAAAUCAAAAACCAACUAACCAAUUCAGC